UGUAGUCAUUGUUAGUUCAACUUGUAAGUAGUUACUCUUUUAGACCUGGUAGUUAAAAGGGCUAAUGAGGAAGGGUUCACAUGUUUCUUUGACCUCGACAUGUGGUGAUGUUAGUUCUGACUUCUGUGCCCAGCCACAUAUACUCUCCCACACGAGAUCUGGAUGGACUCAAGCACAGCUUUCAGAUUUGAAUCUUACGAAUUAGUAGUCAUGCCCACCAUCCCAUAUUCCAACUAUUUAAAAAUUUAUUGGCCUAUUCUGGAUUUUUCUCUCUUAAUAAGUUAAUUUAUCAACUGCAAUUCAAAGAAAUAUUAAGAUUGUAAGCUGACUUGAUUCUCAACUAUGGAGGAAAAUGAAGCAAUAUCUGACUUUGGUUCUUCUGAAUUAGGAACUCAAGAGUACUGGGAUAAUGCCUACAGUAGAGAGUUAAAAUCUUUUGAUGAAAUUGGUGAUGUAGGGGAAAUUUGGUUUGGAGAAGAAGCACAGCAUAGGGUUGUAAACUGGAUAGCGAAUAAGUCUGGUUUACCCUCUACUGCUAAAAUAUUGGAUCUAGGUUGUGGUAAUGGGUUGCUCCUUCUUGCACUGACAGAAGAGAACUUUACAAACUUAACAGGCGUAGAUUACUCUGAGGGAGCUAUCCAACUGUCCAAAAGCAUAGCUAAUAAGGAAGGUGUUACUGAUAUUAAUUUCCUGGUGUGUGACCUUUUAUCUACUUCUUCUGUGGAAGAUUUGUCCAAGCAAGGACCCUUUGAUGUUUGUGUUGAUAAAGGUACCUAUGAUGCAAUCAGCUUACGCCAAGCCCAUGUUGUGGAUGACAGAAGGACCUACAGCUGUAGUGUUAAGUCAUUGCUUAAAGAAGGAGGCUUGUUUAUCAUCACUUCUUGCAACUGGACAUCCGAGCAGCUUAAGCUUAAUUUUCAAAAUGAGUUUGAGUUAGUUCAUGAAAUACCAGCUCCAAAAUUUACCUUUGGUGGAAAAACUGGACAAACAGUAACAACACUAGUUUUUAAAUUGAGGUAGCAAAGAGUCUUUCUUAAGACAAGCAAAUGUGAAGGUGUUCUGACUUCUUUUUGGUGCUUUAAAGAAAAGGCCAAAAUCUGAUGAAUCUCAUCCUGACAAGCUGCAAGGACUGAUCAUGAUGGUAACAGCCCAUUGCCCAUUGAGUUGUAUGGUUUGGACAAGGUCUGAUAUACCAUCGACUGGUUCCCUAAAUAUGGACAGAUCUAAUGCUAUUCAAAGAAUAGAUAUGUAUAAGCUAAUCAAUAAAUAUACUUGAAGAGUUUAUAUUAGCUUGGCUUAGCACAGUUACAAAAUCUCACUUUUGUAUUAUGUAUGUAUUUUUGCAUGUCAAAAAGUCACUGUACAUACCAGUAAUGUUAAAGAAUCAACCACAAAAACAUAGAAUUAAAACACAAAAACCUAGUCAUUUUCAUAUA